AGAGUAUCAUUACUCUAUAAAUAUAUGAUAUUAUAACUAAAUUCUUAAGAAAAUUAAUACUUUGAAGGAUAAUAAAUAUAUAGAAGAAAGAAAUUUGCUUGGAAAUUAUGUUGGACUUCUAAAUUUUAAUCAAAACUCAAAUUUAAUACUUAGUAAAAAUGGUUUAUCCGAGGGAAAUUUAAAAAAAAAAAAAGGAAAAAAAAAAAAAAAGUUGGGUUCAAUAUAUUUCACUCAUAUUACCAAUGUGGGAAGUCCAAUUAAACGUAUUUAUUUUCAAAACUUUUGUAUUGGAACAAUUUGAAUGUCUUGAUUUCUCUAAAAUCUGUAAAGUGACCAGAGAGUGUCAUUUCAAUUUGGUCUACAUAAAAUGAGCAUCCUUCAUAAGUUUUGGCUUUAUGGUCCACCGUUUUGUCAUCACUCGUUCAAGCAAGCCAAGCUUUGAAAAGUAACGAGCGGGAAGAAAGUUGCAAGGCCAACGUUUCAAACACAAAUUCCCCUAUCUCACUUUCUCUCUCUAGAAUUCUCUCUGCAACUCCAACUGCAACUUGUUCACCGCUUCUCACCAACACAGAAGAUGGGUGUCGAAAACUACCACGUGAUUGAGCUUGUAGGUGAAGGUUCUUUUGGGAAGGUAUACAAGGGAAGGCGGAAGUUUACAGGCCAGACUGUUGCAAUGAAAUUUAUCCUUAAGCACGGUAAAAGUGAGAAGGACAUUCAGAAUUUAAGACAGGAAAUCGAGAUUCUUAGAAAAUUGAAGCAUGAAAACAUAAUUGAAAUGUUGGACUCCUUUGAAAGCCCACAAGAGUUUUGUGUUGUCACAGAAUUUGCUCAGGGUGAACUUUUUGAGAUUCUGGAGGAUGACAAGUGCCUUCCUGAAGAACAAGUUCAAGCAAUUGCAAAACAGUUGGUGAGAGCAUUGUAUUAUUUACACUCCAACCGUAUAAUUCAUCGUGACAUGAAGCCUCAAAAUAUUCUUAUUGGUGCUGGGUCCGUUGUGAAGCUUUGUGAUUUUGGGUUUGCACGUGCAAUGUCAACCAACACUGUUGUUUUACGAUCCAUAAAAGGCACUCCUUUAUACAUGGCUCCAGAGUUGGUACGGGAACAGCCUUACAACCACACUGCUGACUUGUGGUCUCUUGGAGUCAUUCUUUACGAACUAUUUGUUGGCCAACCUCCGUUUUAUACAAAUUCAGUAUACGCGCUCAUCCGGCAUAUCAUUAAGGAUCCAGUAAAAUUUCCAGACAACAUGAGCCCAAAUUUCAAAAACUUCCUGAAGGGUUUGCUUAAUAAGGUUCCACAAAGCAGACUGACUUGGCCUGCUCUACUUGAACACCCGUUUGUUAAAGAAACUCCUAAGGAACUGGAGGCCAGGGAGAUUCUUGCUACAGCUGCUGCAGCUAGGGGAUGUGAUGCAGCUUGGAGGGGUGAAGGAAGGAUUCAUACAUUAGCUGUUGCAUGCCCUGAUGGUAAAAGCCAUUCUCCUGCUGCUUUUGAAAAGAGUGAUGUUCGAGGGCUUCAGAGUGACCCACAACCAAAUAGUCCUAACUCUAUGAUGGGAAGUUGUUCACCGCAUGAGGAGUUCCCAGGAUUUACGGGUCCCAGUGAUAUUGUACAGUCAGGUUGCCAGGUCUUGGACAGGUUGGAAAAUAAUUCCCGCACGGUCAAGGGGGCAAAACUAAUUGGUCAGGAUAAUGAAACCUUGUCGGUUGUUUUGCUACCACUAAAAAACUGGUGUAAAGGAUCCCAAAGUUCUUGCAGGGAUCAAGAUAUUCUUAGCUCGAACCAGUCACUAAGAAUUCUUUCAAACCUAGUUGCAGCUGGCGCAAUCAAUUCUACUGUGCUUCUUGAUGAACUCAUUAGUGAACUUCUUGGGUUCACUUCUACCAUAGCGAACCAGAAAUUGUCUGAUUAUAAUGAACUAAUGGCAAAGAGCUUCUCAAUCAUAAAAAGAUUAGUAGAUAAUUUUGGAGGCAAUAUUGGCGCUUCCUAUUUCAGGCACUGGGUUGCCUUAGUAGAAUUGUAUUCACAGGUUGUGAGUUGCACUGAUGAUGCAUCCGGAAGAGUUCUGUAUGAGUCCAGUGCUUGCAUUACAGUCAUGUUAUCUAGCGUAGCUCAGGGUCUCAAAGCAUCUCGUCCAGUUUCAGCUCCUGAUGUGGAUUCUCCUUCAAUGGUGAAUGGUAUUUUUAAACAAGUUUUGGACCUUGCUAAGACAUCAGGUUUAGCAGAUCUCUUGUGUUUCUCCUUAGCAAGUUCAGGCUCAAGUCUCAUAUCAGGCUCUUCACAUUUGUUGCGUGCUGCUUGUGAAGCUUGUAGGGCUAUUUGGUCACUGAUAGAUGCAUAUGAAAUUCUAUCUUUGAAAGAAAGUACCUAUCUAUUCCCGCUAAGCUCUUUGCGGAGCCAUUCUCUACUUCGACUUGAUAUUAGGGACCAUGAUCGAGGUUCUUUGGUUGGAACAGAAUCAACAAAAGUCGUUGAUUCAGUGACAAGAGCAUUCCUCAAAUCCAAAACUAUACAGGUUGCUAUUUACUACUGCCUCCAUCAACGUCUUGAGGCUGCCCUGUCUGCUGGUAUCCAGGUCAUGUUGAGGUGUUGCCUGCAUAAUGGAAUUGUUUCGAAUGUUCUCUGUGGUCUGCCUAGUUCUUUACCAGUUACCACAAUUGUCAGUGGCGGAGGAGAUGGUACAAUAAUUUCAGAGAUCUUUGCUGUAUUAUCUUUUUGCACUUCAUCUUCAAACAAAGAUCCACAAACAGGAGAAACUGGUAACCUGAAGUGCAAAAUGGCCAAUCCCUCUGUCCUGGUUUUGUAUUCAUGCCUUAUCCUUGCCACUGUUGCACAAUGUUUAAAGUCGUCUGGAAGAAAUUCCUCUCUAUUUAUGCUUACAACAUCUUCAAAAAAGCAGCUUUCUCGGCUCUCCAUCCUUGCCCAUCAUUUCUCUUUCGAUGAUAGGAUGAAAUCUUCCUUUCAGCCGCAUUGUGCCUCUGCUAUGCUGGCUCUUGCUUCUAUUUUGUCUUUGGAAAGUGGGAUUUCUGUUGAAUCUUCUGUUGCUGAGAUAGCUGUGCCUUUGAUCCCUAGGACUGCUACACUUUGCGACCACCUCAAGGUUCUACCAGUUGAUGAAAAUGGUGUAGAUCCCAACAUGCUGAAUGGAAUGCUCUCAUACUGGUAUGGCUUUAAAGAUGGAUGUGUUGGCUUGUUGGAGUGUAGACUCAGGUGGGGAGGACCGUUAGCUGUUCAACAGCUGUGUGCGAGUGGUAUCCCUCUGCUUUUGCUUGAUUUGUUGGCUAACAACGUUUCAGAUGCUUCUUCUCGAGGAACUGAUUGUACAAAAGAUCAAAAUGGCUUAUCGCCUGUUGGUGUCGUGUGGACAAUUUCUUCUAUAUGUCAAUGUCUUUCUGGUGGAGCUUUAACUUUUCGUCAGAUUUUGGUUAAGAGCGAACACAUCAAGUUCAUCUCUGAUUUGAUAUCUGAUGUACAUCUUAAGCUAGUAAGGUGCUGGAGUGGGCCUGGUGGGGGAAAGGAUGGGGUCAGAGAUAUUAUAAAUGCCGUGAUUGAUCUCUUAGCUUUUCCUUUUGUCGCUGUACAGAAUGCCCCAGGCUUGCCAUCCGCCACUGCUUCAGUGGCUAGCGGGUCCCUUCUUAAUAUGGGUUCACCCGGUGGGAGAGUUUGCAUGGAGGACAAAGACUUGGUUAAAGCAAUAGAGACCAACAUGGGAAAGUAUAUUCAAAUUCUUCUGGAGGUAGGAAUCCCUGGCAUCAUUCUUCGGUGCUUGGAACAUAUGGAGUUAAAAGAUGUUGGAAAGCCUGUUGCAUUUCUUGCUAAAAUGACUGGCCAUCGACCUCUGGCAGUUCAACUUUUGGGUAAAGGUUUGUUGAAUCCAAGCAGAGUUAGAAGGUUGCUUGAUAGUUCAUGUCCAAGAGAGGUCAUAGCGGAUGUUCUAAUGAUCGUCUCAGAUCUAGCUCGGAUGGAUAAGACAUUUUACGAAUACAUUAAUGGAGCAGAUAUGUUGGAGUCCUUGAAGGGGUUCCUUACCCAUGAAGAUCCUAUUAUACGUGCGAAGGCUUGCAGCACUGUAGGCAAUAUGUGUCGGCAUAGUUCUUAUUUCUAUAGUUCACUGGCAAAGCAUCAUAUCUUUAGUCUCCUUAUUGAUCGAUGUGCUGAUUCAGACAGACGUACACGGAAAUUUGCUUGUUUUGCUAUUGGAAAUGCUGCCUAUCACAAUGACUUGUUGUACGAAGACCUCAGGAGAUCCAUUCCUCAACUUGCAAAUUUGCUGCUUUCGGCCGAGGAAGACAAGACUAAAGCAAAUGCAGCAGGUGCAUUGAGCAAUCUAGUUCGCAACUCUAAUAAGCUCUGUGAAGAUAUUAUUUCUAAAGGAGCCAUGCAGGCUUUACUGAAGUUGGUAGCAGAUUGUUCCACUGUAGCUUUGAACCCCAGUAGAAAGGAUGCCAUAAAUGAGUCACCUUUAAAGAUAGCUCUUUUUUCGCUGGCCAAGAUGUGUGCGCAUCAACCUUGCAGACAAUUCCUCCGAUCAUCAGAGCUAUUCUCCGUCAUUGGAAGGCUACGACAAUCCCCAGAACCAACAAUUGCUAAUUAUGCCUCUGCCAUUAUCAGCAAAACCUCUGAUGCUUGAUGACUGAUGAAAAAGAUUAGUGGUAGAAACUUCAAUAUCAUUUGCUUGAACCCCACUAAUCUGUAAUGGUGAUUGUGGGUUACUUCCAUUGAAUGUAAAGGAGAAAUUUCAAUAAAGUCUUUCUCCUUUUUUUCCAGUUUUGUGGUAAGCAAUCCCAACAUAGUUGGUGAUUAUAAAUGUAAAUAUCACUGACUGUAUAUGUAUUAGUUUUUCAAAGAGCAAACAUUUUUCGAAUGAAUAUACUGAGGCUACAGUGGAUUUAGUUAUUCUCAAUUAUGCCAUUCGGAGUGGGCAUGAAUCUGGUCAUUUUAGCUACGAAAUGGUCACGGUGUGGGGUAACCAAACGGCGAGCCCCACAUAAAUUUUGUUAAAAGCCUGCCGCAGAUAUCGAAGCUUGUGGGGGCACUGGCAGAUUACUGGGGUGAGUUACAUGUGUACAAUUCUACAUUGUUUGGGUAUGGAAAAGACCUCAUAAGAAAAGAAUGAAAAAGACAUUGUUUCCAGCUUCUGGUAUUUGACAUAAAGAAAGAAGUAAUAGCGAAAGGGACACCUGAGAAUUUGCUCCUAGCUAGUGGAACAAGUAAAGGCAUGGGAGUCAAGGGCAUUGUUUGGGCCGAGGCCGGCCGUUCCUAGGUGAGUUAGUCAAUAAGGAGGACCUCCAAACUGGGAA